GAAAAGGAGCCGGCAGCGGCUUGGUUCCUGCACGGAUGCUGGGGCUGUAAGGCACCGCGCGGUCCGCUGCUUGCGGUUCGCAGGGAGGAGGACAUCAGAGUUCGCCUUCCCUCUGCCGCCGCCGCCGCCGCCGCCAUGAUUCCGGUGUCGCUGGUGGUGGUGGUGGUGGGUGGCUGGACUGCAGUCUACCUGACCGACUUGGUGCUGAAGUCAUCCGUCUAUUUUAAGCAUUCUUAUGAAGACUGGCUGGAAAACAAUGGAUUGAGCAUCUCCCCUUUUCACAUCAGAUGGCAAACUGCUGUUUUCAAUCGUGCUUUUUACAGCUGGGGCCGGCGGAAAGCAAGAAUGCUUUACCAAUGGUUCAAUUUUGGAAUGGUGUUUGGUGUAAUUGCCAUGUUUAGCUCUUUUUUUCUCCUUGGCAAAACACUAAUGCAGACUUUAGCGCAAAUGAUGGCUGACUCUCCGUCGUCUUAUUCUUCUGCCUCUUCCUCUUCAUCCUCAUCCUCUUCUGCUUCCUCUUCCUCAUCCUCUUCCUCCUCGUCGUCUCUUCACAAUGAACAGGUGUUACAAGUUGUGGUUCCCGGUAUAAAUUUGCCAGUCAAUCAACUGACUUAUUUCUUCGCUGCAGUCCUCAUUAGCGGUGUUGUACAUGAAAUUGGACAUGGGAUAGCAGCUAUUAGGGAACAAGUUCGAUUUAAUGGCUUUGGGAUUUUUCUCUUCAUUAUUUACCCUGGAGCAUUUGUUGAUCUGUUCACCACUCAUUUGCAACUUAUAUCACCAGUGCAGCAGCUAAGGAUAUUUUGUGCAGGUAUCUGGCAUAAUUUCGUCCUUGCACUCUUGGGUAUUUUAGUCCUUGUUCUCCUCCCUGUGAUCCUUUUGCCAUUUUACUACACUGGCGUCGGUGUGCUUAUCACGGAAGUCGCGGAGGAUUCACCUGCCAUUGGACCCAGAGGCCUCUUUGUGGGAGACCUUGUUACUCAUCUACAGGACUGUCCUGUUACUAAUGUGCAAGAUUGGAAUGAAUGUCUAGACACCAUUGCCUACGAACCCCAAAUUGGCUAUUGUAUAAGUGCAUCGACUUUACAACAGUUAAGCUUUCCAGUUAGAGCAUACAAACGGCUAGAUGGUUCUACUGAGUGCUGUAACAAUCACAGCCUCACAGAUGUGUGCUUUUCCUACAGAAAUAAUUUUAAUAAACGUUUGCAUACAUGUCUACCUGCCCGGAAAGCAAUUGAAGCCACCCAAGUUUGUAGAACCAAUAAAGAUUGUAAAAAAAGCUCAAGUUCAACUUACUGUAUAAUACCAUCUUUGGAAACUCAUACUCGCUUAAUAAAAGUGAAACAUCCGCCUCAGAUUGAUAUGUUGUAUGUUGGACAUCCACUGCAUCUCCACUACACAGUGAGCAUCACCAGUUUCAUCCCACGUUUCAACUUUCUAAGCAUAGAUCUGCCUGUGGUGUUGGAAACCUUUGUGAAGUACCUGAUUUCUCUCUCUGGAGCUCUGGCUAUUGUUAAUGCAGUGCCCUGCUUCGCUUUGGAUGGCCAGUGGAUUUUAAACUCUUUCCUGGAUGCCACUCUUACCUCAGUGAUUGGAGACAAUGACGUCAAAGACCUGAUAGGAUUUUUCAUUUUGCUUGGUGGCAGUGUCCUUUUGGCUGCCAACGUGACUCUCGGCCUCUGGAUGGUUACGGCACGGUAACAUGUGUCCUCAUCUAACCGAAUCUCUGAGUUACAGUAAGAUCCACCACCACUCAAGACCUUAGUUUGUAUGAAAUAGGAAGUGUUUCCUUAAAAGUACCAGGAUACCCACACACUGUGGCGGGGGAGGAGGCAGAGCAUAGGAAAUGAGGCAUAGUCCCCAACUACAGUCUGGUUUUAAAGACUGCAAAUCCACAUUUCACGUGGAUGUGGAACAUUUUCUAAGUAAGUGCAAAGUCAAUCAUGUAAUAACAUUUUGGGUAACUGCAUAUCAUUGUACAGCCUAAAGGAGAACAGAAUUAGGUGGAAUUAAUUAGGAGAAAAAGUUAUUAGCAAAAGCCUGAUUCAUCACAAUUUGUAGGAGUCCAGGCUGUGGCCAGGUUGAAAUGGUGAGCAUUUUCUUGGCCUAUAUCUCUUCUUCUUUGUCUUGUUUCAAAAAAAACCUUUUUUUUAAUUUCACAGUGUAUCAUUUUGUAUUCUGACAACCGAGGUCUGAUUGUAAUUAAUAAAAUUCUAUAAAGGAAUCUAGUGACAAGAAAGGGAAAAUCUUUCUCAAGUGAUGCCAAAUACAUAAACCCUAAGUAGCAGGGCCUGUGUGUGACAAGAUGCGCUGUCUCUGAGGCAGCAGCAGCCUCGCCCCCCCCCCCCAAGGAGCCACAGCGCUCAUGUGUGCACCUCUCAGCAGAGCCCUGUGUUCCUUCUGACAAAUCCCAGGACCAACCACGAGAUCUUUAGCAGUCCUGCUUUCUAUUUCCCGUAGAGCUUUGAAGCUUGGAACUCUUCCAGGGUAGACAUUUUCUCUUGUGCAAUGAGGCCAUCCGGGGCCUCACUGCCGGCUUCCUGUCUUUAAGAAGCAACACACUUCAGCCCUGAGCCAUACUCUCCUCACCAGCGGCUCCCAUGUUUCUCUGUCAGGUAAUUAGACACUUGGUCCUUGUUUGCCAUCUCUUCCCUAAAGCUACCUCUGUGGGUCCACGUAAGACUUGGUAGUAUAGUGAGAAAGGUUACACACGAGUUCCAGUAUGGAUUGUCCAGAGCCUGGGAAUGAACUCUUGAGCUGGAUAGAGCUACUCCGGGUUCAAGGUUUUCUGUUGUUGAGACACGGCCCUAGGAAACUAGGGAAGUCAACUGCCCAGUGUGAAGCUGUUGGUCUUAGGGUUAGGGUCAGGGUCACAAGUAUGCUGUUUGCUUGAUGAAAA